UUAGGAGGCUGAAAAGUACCUCUCAAACCUUGUGGUUAAAAAGACCAUACAAGCAAAAAUUGACCGAUUAGACGCGGUUGUGCGGUUCACUGAGAAGAAACUGGCUACCGAUGUUCUAAACGAUUGGUCUCACAACAUAAAUUCCCUCAUGGGACUCAUUAAUCAAGCAACCCAUCUCAUCAACAAAGAACGUAUGGUUCAUGCUGUUUGA